UACUCUCAUUCAUAUUCAAAUUGCUUGUUGUUAAACUGAAUCACAGAAAUGUCUCAACCUUGGAUGUCUGAUCUCAUCGGUAUACUGAGAGGAGCUAGGGCGGUAACCAAUGCCAUUAUAAAGCAUCAAGAAGAUGUAAUUAAACAUUCAAUACAGACAUCAAGCUUAAAAACUAUUACAGAAAAAUGUGCAACAGACUGUAUGAAGAAACUAAAUACUAUAGAACCAAGUAAGGUUCCUGGUCAAGUAAUAAGAGAACUAAAUGAAAUGGCUGAACGAUUAAGCGUUGUUGAGAAAGGCAUAAUGGAAUUUAUUAAAGUAAAAUCUACUAUAGUAACAGCUGCACCUAUAGAUCACCAAAAUAACACAAAAUCGAGCAAAACCAAAUUAUAUGUUUAUAAUAUUGCAAAAGAUCCUAAGGAAGUACCAAUUGAACCCAAUAUUAUAAAUGUACAACAGAACGAUAAGUCUAAAGAUGUGGAAAGUAUGCAAGAUAAACCUAUAAUAAGAAAAUAUACAACAGUGAAAGAAAAAAUUGAGACAAUAUCCAAAUUGGAAAAUGAGAUACCUAAGAUUGAGCUUUCAGACAAAGAUAAAGAAAUCCUAAGAAGAUUGGAAUUAGAGCAUGAGCAGAAUAUAAAAAGUCAGAGUGAAAGGAAAAGCCAGAUAUCAAUAGCUGAUUCUCAAGUAUUAGUAGACAAAGCAAAGGAAGAUAUAAGCACAACUCCAAAAAAACCUCAAGUUAGACCAUCUGUUAGGCCAAAGCAAACUCUCUCCCCCAAUGCAAAAGCUCAGAAAGUCCCAGCUACCAGAUUACAAAGAAUGGUAAGUUUUGGUACAUUAGGAGUUGGUCUUGGUGUUGGUACUGUUGCAGAAUAUACACGCAGAACACUGGGAUUAAAAACGCAAAGUCUUGGAGAGACAUUCGAUAGUAUGUUUCUCACAAAAGCAAACGCAGAAAGAAUAGUUUCAACUCUAUGUAAAGUAAGAGGUGCAGCUUUAAAAAUUGGGCAAAUUUUAAGUAUCCAAGAUGAGAGUAUUAUUAGUCCAGAGUUACAGAAAGUUUUUGAAAGAGUUAGACAGAGUGCUGAUUUUAUGCCGACAUGGCAAGUGGAGAAAGUAUUAGCCAGUGAACUUGGACACGAUUGGAGGAACAAGCUAGCUACAUUUGAAGAGAAACCAUUUGCUGCAGCAUCUAUUGGUCAAGUACAUCAUGGUACUUUAUUAAAUGGUCAAGAUGUAGCAAUUAAAAUUCAGUAUCCUGGCGUGGCUAUGGGAAUUCAAAGUGAUGUGGAGAAUUUAGUAGGCAUAAUGAAGGUGUGGAAUAUCUUUCCAAAAGGCAUGUUUAUAGACAAUUUAGUGGAAGUUGCAAAACGAGAACUUGCAUGGGAAGUUGAUUACAUGCGCGAAGCAGAGUGUACAAAAAAAUACAAACAGCUCAUAUUACCUUACAAGGACUAUUAUGUUCCAGCUGUAUUAGAUGAAUUAUCGACAAGUCAAGUUUUUACAACUGAAUUGGUGGAAGGCAUUCCUAUAGAUAAGUGUACAAGUUUGGAUCUGGAGACGAGAGAACAUAUCUGCAAAUUGAUAAUGCGUUUAUGUCUUAAAGAAUUAUUUGUCUUUCGGUAUAUGCAAACAGAUCCGAAUUGGUCAAAUUUCUUCUAUAACGUUAAUACAAGACAGUUAGUAUUGUUAGAUUUUGGAGCAUGCAGAGAAUAUGGAAAAUCAUUUAUGGACAAAUACAUCGAAAUAAUUUACGCUGCAAGCGAAGGUGAUCGCGAUAAAAUUUUAAAUUUGUCCAGGGAAAUGGGAUUUCUUACAGGAUAUGAAUCCAAAAUUAUGGAAGAAGCUCAUGUUGAUACAGUUAUGGUAUUAGGACAAGUGUUUGAUAAGAAUCAUAAGUAUUAUGAUUUUGGGGGACAAGAUGUGACUAAACGAAUUCAGGCACUCGUUCCAACAAUCUUAGAUAAUAGACUCUGUCCUCCACCUGAAGAAAUAUAUAGCCUGCACAGAAAAUUGUCCGGAGUUUUCUUACUAUGUGCGAAACUUCAAGUCAAAAUAAAUUGUCGCGAUAUGUUCCGUGAAGUAUAUGCAAGUUACAACAAGUUUGAUUAA